CGAAGCUCUACAGAGAAUAGUUGGUUCAAAGUCUAGUUUAUUUUUAUGUCGCAUAGUUUUUCGUCUUUGUCUCAAAACGUUAUCGUUUUGUACAAGUCGUAACGUCUUGUGGCCUGCCCGAUAUCCGUUUCCACUCUCAACUCUUCUCUGUAGCGUAGCGAAUGAGAGAAACAUGCUUGGUGGCUAACGUUAGCCAGCCUUGGAUGGAGAUAGUGUAAAGGGGAAUGGCAGAUAAAACCAACAACUUUAACUUUGUGGUCGUCGGAGGUGGCAUUGCAGGUGUAACAUGCGUCGAGCAGCUGUCAUCCCAGUUCCCAUCAGCUCGCUUGGCUCUGAUUACAGCUGCUGCUCACAUCAAGGCAGUGACCAACUUUAAACAGGUGUCUAAGACACUGGAAGAAUUUGAUGUUGAGGAACGUCCAUCCAGCAUUCUGGAGGAGAAAUACCCGAACCUGACCAUCAUCCAGUCUGCUGUCAAAGCUCUUCACGCACAGUCGCAUACUCUGGAGACAGUGGAUGGCCACCAGGUCGGUUACGAGAAGCUGUGUAUCUGCAGUGGUGGCAGACCCAAGCUCCUAACCCUGUGCAACCCCUAUGUACUUGGGAUACGAGACACAGACAGUGCUCAGGAGUUUCAGAAGCGGUUAUCCAAAGCGAAGACAAUUGUGGUUGUUGGAAAUGGAGGCAUUGCCUUGGAAUUAGUGUAUGAGGUGGAGGGCUGUGAGGUCAUCUGGGCUAUAAAAAACAAGGCCAUAGGGAACACCUUCUUUGAUGCAGGAGCAGCCCAGUUCCUCAUCCCGUCACUGGACGCUGACAAACCCGGCAAGACGGCUCCAUGUAAGCGGGCUCGCUACACCAUAGAGGAGACCGAAGCUGGAGUUUCGCACACCUUUACCAAAGAUGGGGACAGACGGGGCGUUGGGGCUGACUCUACAGAAGCUGGCAGUGCCCUGGGGCCAGACUGGCAUGAAGGGAUCAUUUUGAGAGGAGCAGAAGAGGUGUCCCACAGAGUGUCAGUGGAAUACCAGUGUGAGGUCGACAAGAUUUACACGUCCCAAGAGCUGCAGGAAUCCCCACAGAAAAUGCUCAGUUCGGACAGUGCAUCCUGGCCAGUCUAUGUUCAGCUGACCAAUGGGAAGACAUUUGGCUGUGAUUUCAUUGUCAGCGCCACUGGUGUAGUGCCCAACACAGAACCAUUUCUCCAUGGAAACAACUUUAAAAUUGCAGAUGACGGCGGGCUGCAAGUAGAUGACCACAUGGUGACAUCAGAACCAGAUGUUUAUGCAGCUGGGGAUGUGUGCACUGCAUGCUGGGAACAUAGCCCUCUGUGGCAGCAGAUGCGUUUGUGGACCCAGGCACGUCAGAUGGGGUGGUACGCAGGCCGCUGCAUUGCAGCAGCCAUCCUGUCAGAACCAAUAGAAUUGGACUUCUGCUUUGAGCUCUUCUCACACAUCACCAAAUUCUUCAACUACAAGGUGGUCUUACUGGGGAAGUUUAAUGCGCAGGGCCUGGGGCCAGACCAUGAGCUGCUGGUGCGCUGCACUAAAGGCCGGGAAUAUGUCAAGGUUGUUCUGAGCGGUGGAAGGAUGGUCGGAGCAGUGCUGAUUGGUGAAACAGACCUAGAGGAGACCUUUGAGAACCUGAUCCUCAAUCAGAUGGACUUAACAGUAUACAAAGAAGAGCUGCUCAACCCCAAUAUUGAUAUAGAAGACUACUUUGACUAAACGCUCAGGCUGUGUUUGGGACUGUGCAGGGUAUUAAGCAACCCAGACUGAUGGGUAAAGCAGAUAGCAGACAUUGAAAGAAAAACCACAUUAUGGCUUCAGAUGAAGGAUGUUUCAAGGAAUGAUGCUUUCACUCUUCUGAUGUAUGCCAAAGCCAUUUGGUGAGACAAAAAAAAAGGGUAGUGAGUAAAUUAUGUACUAAAGGAGAGAGAUUAUCUUCAAGUUGAUUUGUAAUUUGGGUAAAUGGCUUACUUUGCUUUUCAAUAAUUUUUUUUCCCCCGUUUCUCUCCCGUAGUCUGCAUUUGAUGUUUAAAUGCAUCCGAUGGAGUUUUCCGUGUAAAUAACUGUUUGUUUACAUUCAAAGUUUUUCACCAAAAAAUAUCACAGAUACGGCUUCAUCAGAUGUGGCUUUAUUUGCAAGGUAUGAUGGAAUCACUGGUAUCAUUUGAAAGGUAACACCUACAAAGCAGUCUGGAACCAGUCGUAGCUGGUGUGCUCCAAGGAGAGAUGCAGGUGGGGGAAUGCCAAGAGUGUUGUUUUGCAAAGCUUGACCAAAGGCAUAAUUCUGCAGAACCCUUCCAUCAAUUCAAAGCAAGCUGAAUCAGUUCAUCGGGACACAACGUUUAGCCAUCAGUUCUUCUGUCAUAAACCCCCUCAGCAACUGUGAAGUGGUAGUUGGCAUAAACUACUGUUAGGAGGACAACCUUUGUAAUUUCAGAACUGGGAACCUGAAAAAAAUGUUUCACAGCAAUAGAGCAAAUGAAGUUUUGGAAAUUAAUGUGCUGCUUGAAUUGUUCUGCUAUGGAUCUCCAAUCAAUCCUUUAGAAGCAAAUAUAUAUUUCUUCCAGCAAUGCAUCCCAGAUGGCUGUUGUAACUGCAUGGGCUAUACCAACUCGUGGGCUAUACCCAUUGUAUGGGCUAUACUCACUAGGCCUAAGCAGUUAUGACUGUAUGAUCAUGAACCUCUUGUGGUGUUGGUGAUUAAAAACCUUCAG